AUGAGAUGCGCAAAAGAAUGGAGAUUUGAAUUUGAAAAGCUAAAAGCAAUCCCUCAUAGUGAUAUCCAUGAGAUUCUUAAGAUAAGCUUUGAUGGCCUUGAUGAUGAUACUCAGAGUGUUUUCCUUGAUAUUGCGUGCAUUUUUCAUGGGUUUUACAAGGACGAAGUUACCAAAACAUUAAAUGCAUGUGGUUUUCAUUCUGAAAGUGCAAUUUCAACUUUGGUCCGAAAAUGCUUGCUCCAAAGGGAUAUGUAUCAUUUAGUGAUGCAUGAUCUAGUCCGAGAUAUGGGAAGAGAAGUCGUUCACAUGGAAUCACCUCGAGACCCUGGAAAACGAAGUAGAUUGUUUAGCCCACAAGCAGUCCAUGAUGUUCUACAAGGAAAUAAAGUAGAAGUACUGAAGGUGGAUGGACAGGCAUUAACUGGAGAGAGCUUAAGCACCAAAGCAUUUAAGAAAAUGAAAAAUCUUAGGGUGCUUAUAAUUGAUGAAUUACAUAUUAGUGGAGACUUUGAGCUGUUGUCCAAGGAGUUCAGAUUGUUGUCUUGGCUAAAAUGUCCUUUAAAGUGUAUACCAUCAAAAUUUCCAGCUGAGAAACUAGUAGUUCUGGAUAUGAAAGAGAGUAAUAUCCAAGAAUUUGGAUUGAAUUUGAAGUGCAAGCGCCUUAAAAGAACACCAAACUUCAGUGGUUCAAAAAGCCUUGAGACUUUGCGGCUUCGUGGUUGCUCAAGUCUGAAGGAGAUCCAUCAAUCAAUUGGAAAUUUAGACAGACUAAUUGAUCUAGAUUUGAAUGGUUGCAAAAAGCUUGCGGAUCUUCCGCGCAGCAUAUGUCAGCUAAAAUCCCUUGCAAACUUAAACAUUGGAAGCUGCUCAUCUAAACAUGCGCUGCCAGUUGACCUUGGAGAUAUGCAAAGUCUAAAAAAACUUUUGUCACUUUAUGCAGGUAUAAAACAAUUGCCUGGAUCUGUUGAACUGCUAAGAGAUCUUGUAAUUUUGGAAGUGGGAGGUCAAAAUGAAGAGGCAAACAGGAGUUUUUCUCGAAGAAGAGUCCAUCGCGUACAAUCCUUGUCAACUUCUAUUUCGCAGUUAAGCAUUACAUAUUGUGUUUUGUCUGAGGAAGAUAUUCCUAGGGAUAUUGGGAGUUUAUCCUCCUUACUUUCUUUAGAUUUGAGCGGCAACAAUUUCCAGUGUCUACCGUUUGACUUUUCUAAGUUAGGAUGCUUGGAGUCCUUGAAAUUGAGUGACCGUGAGAAUCUUCAAACACACCCAUCAGUAUCUAAAUUAGAAAAUUUUAAGAAAUUUGAACUUGUAAAUUGCAAGAACUUGGUUAAGAUUACGAGCUCAUAUGGACAAUCCAUUCAACGAAGGCUUCUUUAUCUAACGUGCUCUAGCAUUUCCAUGCAGAAAAGUUCGAAAUCGGAGAUCGAGGAUCAUUCCCAUUCUCAGAUGAAGAGAAGCCUGGAGAUAACUGAAGUCUCAGGUGAAAAAGUACCCAAGUACAGUUUCACCUCAAUACUUGAUCAAAAAACCAAUGUCCUGAAUGCUAGAGUCAA